AUGACAGGAAUUCGAUGCGUUUUAACUAACCGAUUGGCGUCAUUUGCAGCAUUGACACGUGGCGAGGAGACAAGUGGUGGGUUUGACAAGGGUGAGAAGACGGAUGGAGGUGAAAGUGGAAGCGAUUCGAGUUACAUGUCAAGGCGGGACUUCGGCAAAGCCAUGCUCCCAUACUCCUCCAUGUAUAUUUUCUCACCAACCAAUCCUAUUCGGAAGUUCUGCCACUUUGUGGUAAAUCUGCGAUAUUUUGACCUCUUCAUUAUGAUCGUGAUCGCCUCAAGCAGCAUCUCUCUCGCAGCAGAAGAUCCGGUUGAUGAAAAGAACCCCAGAAAUAUCAUCCUGGAAUACUUUGACCAUGCUUUCACCUGCGUAUUUACCAUGGAGAUGAUUCUCAAGCUAAUCGACUUGGGCGUGCUCUUCCACCCCCACUCCUAUUUCCGUGACCCCUGGAAUGUUCUGGACGCAGUUGUCGUUCUAGGUGCUUUGGUAGCAUUUUUCAAUCGGCAGGCAGACGGUGGAACUGGGGUUGGGCGAAAAGCAGCGAGCAAAAACUUGGGGACCAUCAAGUCCUUGCGAGUACUGCGGGUUUUGAGACCUCUAAAAACGAUUCGUCGAGUUCCAAAAUUGAAAGCAGUUUUUGAUUGUGUCGUGAGCUCUUUAAAGAAUGUUUUCAACAUCCUCAUUGUCUACAUUCUCUUCCAAUUCAUGUUCGGAGUGGUGGCCGUCCAACUAUUUCAGGGAAAGUUCUUCGCUUGUAGCGAUCUCUCCAAGGAAACCCCUGAAGAAUGUCAAACAGAACUAAUGUGCAGGUACGAGUUAGUGCCUGCUGGUGUUAUAGGUGGUACUCCUUCUAGUGUCACUCAAAUUGGAGAAUCAGUGCAUAACUGCUGUCCGGGCUACUACAUCUCCUACGAGAAUUCCGAUAUUCCAGAAGUGCGUCCGAGGGUGUGGUCUGCUAGAGCCUUCAACUACGACAAUAUCGGCUACGCCAUGCUCACUCUCUUCACCGUCACGACAGGAGAAGGGUGGCCUGAUAUCAUGAAGAAUUCCAUUGAUGCGACUGGAGUGAGCCAAGGACCAAAAGCCGACUAUCGACAGCAAGUGGCGAUCUUUUACGUCGUCUUCUUCAUUGUAUUCCCUUUCUUCUUUGUCAACAUCUUCGUCGCUUUGAUUAUCAUCACGUUCAAAGAACAGGGUGAAAAUGAACUAGUGGAUCAUGAAAUGGACAAAAAUCAAAAGCAGUGCAUAGAUUUUGCCAUUCAUGCUCGACCACUGUGUCGUUAUAUGCCGGAAGAUUCAAAGUCCAUCAAAUAUCGUAUCUGGCAGUUGGUUGUAUCUGGUCCAUUUGAAUACUUCAUUAUGACAAUGAUUGCCCUCAAUACGCUCAUCCUCAUGAUGAAGUACCAUAGACCGGAGAAGUCGCUUCGUUCAAUGCUAGAAGCCGAUGACGAUACUAAGGCUUACGAGAGCUAUUGCGCUUCCUUGAUGUACCUCAAUACAGCUUUCACUGGAAUGUUCACCAUAGAGUGCCUUUUGAAAAUUCUCGCUUUUGGUCCAAGGAAUUACUUUAGGGAUAGGUGGAACAUCUUUGAUUUCAUCACCGUUAUUGGGAGCAUUACUGACGUACUAGUCACCAGUUCACAGGACACCUCUUUCCUGAACUUGGGUUUCCUACGACUGUUCAGAGCAGCGCGGUUGGUGAAGAUGUUGCGUCAGGGAUACACUAUCCGAAUUCUUUUGUGGACAUUCAUCCAGUCAUUUAAGGCCCUUCCCUAUGUCUGCCUGCUCAUAGCAAUGCUAUUCUUCAUAUACGCCAUUGUAGGAAUGCAGAUUUUUGGAACAAUUGCAGUGGACGAUCCGACAAGUCAAAUUACCGUUCAAACAAACUUUAGAACAUUCGGGAAUGCACUCCUUCUUCUUUUUCGGUGUUCAACUGGAGAAUCAUGGCAGGAAUUAAUGCUGUCCUGUGAUUUUCCUCAACGUUGCGCUGUGAUGACUAGUAGCAACACAAAACUCGAAGAGGACGGUAGUAGUGUUUCAGGUGGUGGAAGUACCCUAGGUGGAUACAACUGUGGAAGUGCUGGCACUUAUCUUUACUUUGUCUCCUUCAUCUUCCUCUGCACAUUUCUUAUGUUGAAUCUCUUUGUUGCUGUUAUUAUGGAUAAUUUCGACUACCUAACACGUGAUUCCUCCAUUCUGGGUUCACACCACCUUGAGGAGUUCAUUCGUGUAUGGGCUGAAUAUGACCCAGCUGCAACGGGGAGAAUACAUCACACAGACAUGUACGAGAUGCUUCGCAAACUCGAACCGCCAGUGGGGUUUGGUAAAAAGUGUCCUUACAGAUUUGCCUAUAGAAAGCUGAUAAGAAUGAAUAUGCCCGUGGAUGAUUCUGGUUGCGUUCAAUUUACUACAACCCUGUUCGCGCUAAUUCGGGAAUCUCUGAGCAUCAAAAUGGGUCCAGCUUCGGUGAUGGACAUUAAAGACGCGGAAUUAAGGGAUACAAUCAAGGAAAUGUGGCCUCUGCAGGCUAAGAAAGUGCUAAAUCUUCUUGUGCCAAAUGAUGAAGAGCUCACCUGCGGAAAAAUGACAACUGGAAAAAUUUAUGCCGGUCUUCUGAUGUACGAGACGUGGCUGGCCAAUGGAAAACUGGGCAAAAUUGAGGCUCCUAUUAUUGAAGGCAAUUAUAAAAAAUCUGAGGAAAGUAACAGCAAUUCGCCACCGGAAGCAAUUCCACCAACACUUAUUCCCCCUCAACCAGUUAGCGCCAACGCGGAACACGAGAGGCGACACUUCAACUUCGAUGAGGCAGAGGAGGAGGAGGAGCAACACGUGCAAAAUGAGGCCAGACCAAUGAUUCCAGACGCUCUUACUAACUCUCAAGUUCUCAUCGGAUCCAACCAUUCACCGCCUACUUGUGACCUCCGACCACCAGCACCAAAGGGUCUCGUUCCUCCAACUUCUGGAGCCAAUGAGACAUCACCGGUUGGCCCCUCUCUACCCCCUAGUCCAUUCCUUGAUUUCGCCUCAGCGGUCACCUCUUUGAUGCAACAGGUCAACCUGAUGGUGGAAAGAGAACGCACACAAAAGUUCUUGGGACGAUCGUCCGACGAAGUCGAUUGGGAAUCGAUAGUGGCGUAUCGGGCACAGCAGGGACUUCGCAAUCGAAGUCGAUCACGAUUCCUGGCUGCUGCCACCGCAAACAUUGCAACAAGAAAUUUAGCCAAAACUUCACAUCGGCCGAACUAUAGAUAUUUUGGCGGAAAUCCGCAUAAUCAGAUCACUAAUAAUCCCAUUACUGAUAGUGUGCCAACCUUUUCAGUUGAUGAAGUGGCUUCUACUGAUGUUACAGAACAUCAAGAACCGCAACAUGAAAUACUUCAGCAUCCCCCUCCCCCUCCUCCUCCUCAUCCUCAUCCUCAACGAUUGGUUAAACCAAUUAGCCAAUGGGUGCAUAGCACAGCGCUGGAUCUAGCUCGAGAUGAUUGGUACAAUAGGUGGAAUCAGAGUAAUGAGUGGAACGAACAAUCCCCGUCUCCCAUAGCCCACGAUUUCGGGCUGCAUGCGUGCUCCCCUAGUUACCGCGAGAAAUCCAAUAGUCCAAUCGAGUCGCCUCUAAUCACUCGACAUUCCUCAAGAACGCGAAAAAUCAAUUUCCCUUCACUUAUGCCAUCCCCAACGGCUGAACUUAAUCAAGCGGAUUUGCAUUUCUCAGGAAGUCAAUACGGGAAUCGUCCACAAGCGGUGAGACCAAAUGGAGUGGAUUAUGGAACUCCAACGGGUCAUUCAGUGAACGAGUCUGCCCCACCUCAAUGGCCACCCGACAUCGGCCAACGAAAGAGACAAUGUCAACGACCACAGCACUUUUUCUGA